CGCGUGUGUGAUUCGGACUGAGGAGUUGGGUUGCUUUGCUGCUCGGUGCUCGCCGCUCACGCCAACGAGCACCUCCUUGUCGGCUCCACCGCCGGCCUCUCAGGUGCCGUGCCAGAUAAUAGAAGUACAACUUUCGGACUCUGCACCAACAAGAUGUUAAGACAUCCAGUAAGCACACAACUAUUUUUUGAAAAUAGACACUCAAAUUCGUGUCCAAGAGGACUCGAACAUAGAUGAUCUAGAGGUUGUAGGCAAAGUUUGUCUUUAACUUCUAAUCAUGGCAAAAGGCUGCGUAUUCUCUGCUUUGUUAGUGGCGUUUCUUGUUUUUGCUCCCGCUUGCGAGGCAUUCUACUUGCCAGGUAGUUACAUGCACACGUAUCGGCAAGGCGAGGAUAUAUGGGCGAAGGUGAACUCGCUCACUUCCAUUGAGACAGAACUGCCCUUCAGCUACUACAGCCUCCCAUACUGUCAUCCUAAAGAUGGGAUUAAGAAGAGUGCCGAAAACCUGGGGGAGCUCCUGAUUGGUGAUCAAAUUGAUAAUUCCCCUUACCGUUUCCGUUUAAAUGUCAAUGAAUCACUCUAUUUGUGUACCACAAACCCACUUGAUGAGGGCGAUGUGAAGCUCCUCAAGCAGCGAAGCCGCGACCUCUACCAGGUGAACAUGAUUCUUGACAAUCUUCCUGCGAGGAGGUUUACUGAGCAGAAUGGAUUGACCAUUCAGUGGACGGGCUAUCCAGUUGGUUACACACCAGAAGGCACCACUGAUUUCUACAUCAUCAAUCACCUGAAAUUUAAGGUUUUGAUCCAUAAGUAUGAAGGAGGUAAAGUAAAGGUAGUUGGGACCGGGGAAGGAAUGGAAGUGAUCUCAGAGACUGACAAUGAUGCUAAGUCUGGCUAUGAGAUUGUGGGAUUUGAGGUCGUCCCAUGCAGUGUGAAGCGUGAUCCUGAAGCCAUGUUGAAGCUUACAAUGUAUGAUAAAGUCGAUCCUGUGAACUGCCCUGUGGAGUUGGAGAAAUCUCAAUUGAUCAGGGAGAAGGAGCAGAUUACUUUUACAUAUGAAGUUGAAUUUGUAAACAGUGACAUCAGAUGGCCAUCACGGUGGGAUGCAUACCUGAAGAUGGAGGGUGCAAAAAUUCACUGGUUCUCAAUUAUGAACUCUUUGAUGGUAAUUCUGUUUUUGGCUGGCAUUGUAUUUGUCAUAUUUUUGCGGACAGUGAGGAGAGACUUGACUAGGUAUGAAGAGUUGGAUAAGGAGGCCCAAGAUCUGAUGAACGAGGAGCUCUCUGGGUGGAAGCUUGUUGUUGGAGAUGUCUUCAGGGAGCCAACCUCAUCAAAGUUGCUCUGCGUCAUGAUCGGUGAUGGGGUUCAGAUUCUGGGUAUGGCAAUUGUCACCAUUUUCUUUGCUGCGUUUGGCUUCAUGUCUCCUGCAUCUAGAGGAAUGCUGUUGACAGGGAUGAUAGUCCUUUAUAUGUUACUUGGAAUCGUGGCUGGAUAUGCUGCUGUCAGGCUCUGGAGGACUGUAAAAGGAACUUCUGAGGGAUGGAGGUCUGUCUCCUGGUCAACCGCUUGUUUCUUCCCAGGCAUCGUCUUCAUUGUCCUCACAGUAUUAAACUUCAUGUUGUGGGCAAGAAAUAGCACUGGAGCCCUUCCCAUCUCACUUUUCUUCAGUCUUCUGUCCUUUUGGUUCUGUGUCUCUGUGCCCCUUACCCUUUUAGGUGGUUUCUUUGGCACAAGGGCUGAGCCAAUAGAAUUCCCUGUUCGAACCAAUCAAAUACCAAGAGAAAUCCCUGCAAAGAAGUACUCAUGGCUCUUCAUAUUUGGUGCCGGAACUCUACCUUUCGGAACACUUUUCAUCGAGCUCUUCUUCAUUCUUUCAAGUAUUUGGCUAGGAAGGUUCUAUUAUGUGUUUGGCUUCCUCCUUGUUGUCCUCCUUUUGCUGGUUGUGGUCUGUGCUGAGGUAUCAGUUGUUCUUACCUACAUGCAUCUCUGUGCGGAGGACUGGAGGUGGUGGUGGAAAGCUUUCUUUGCCUCUGGAACAGUGUCCCUUUAUGUGUUCUUGUACUCUAUCAACUACUUAGUGUUUGAUCUCAGAAGCUUGAGUGGGCCGGUUUCUGCUAUGCUCUACAUUGGAUACUCUUUCAUCGUCUCUCUUGCCAUUUUGCUAGCUACUGGUACUGUUGGGUUCCUGACAUCGUUCUCUUUCGUACACUACCUUUUCUCAUCAGUCAAGAUUGAUUGAGGGCCUUAUCUUGCGAAUCUCCAAGGAUGACUGUACACAAAAUCACCUAUAAAACUUCAUUUUGAAGGAUGCUUUAUUUGGUGAUUUGUUAUGUUCAUGUCUUGACGAAAUGUGUCGACCUUUUCUUUUUCUCCUGGAGGGAAGUCUCAUUCUUUGCUGUUGCGUUGCUGCACAUAAUUCUUCCCUUGGCGUUGCCCUGUUUGUCUCAGCCUUGAACAACUACUAUCAUAACAAACAAGAUGUACCAGAAAUCUGAUGUUGGUUUUCAUUGCAACAAUCUACAAUUCUGCUUCAUGUGCAGUUCCCUGCAGCUUUAGAAUACAACAAAUGAACAUGGCAGAUCACCAGAUCUGCAUGUGCCUGCCUCUUGCUUUCUAUGCACAAUUCCUUUUGAUUUCUUGACAGAUGUGACCUGGCUGUUCAUGUGAAAGACUGGAAGGUACUCCUAGUUGUUUUGUUCUCUCUAAGAAAUGCGCCCCCUUUUCGUG